CUGCCGCGCUACGGAUCCACCUGAGCAGCUACCAGUCGCGCCGCCCUUCUCACAGACAGCGGACUGGGGAAGACCCCGGAGCAGAAAACCGUGUGCAUUCACAAUAUACAUAAUUGUUUAUUAUUUCCAGUAAAGUGGGCGGGUAACAUGGUAGGCGGACUAAAUCAGUGUAUGGGAUCCCUUAUCUAACCAUGUCCAAGGCGGAGGAGAUCCAACGUGCCACCGAGGCAACACCGCUUGAAACCGAAUGGGUCAGAAACCGUUCCCAGGAAUAGGCUAAUAAACCAAUGACGUUUCCUCCUUUUUCCUCUUCGAUUGAAUGUUUUCAUAUCUGCCUCUCUCUGCCCGUCGGAUGAGCCACCCUGAAGUUUAAGAUUCACAAGCGUAAAUGUAGUCCGUAACUUACCCCCUGCCUGGAUCUUGCCUGUUGAACUCGGUGGAACUCUUGACAGUUGAAAAUGGAGAAAUCCUCAAUGGGGUUGACUAAGACUGGCUCUCGGUCGACCGCAUCUCUCCCCCCGGAACCGGUGGACAUCAUCCGCAGCAAGUCAUGUUACCGCCGAGUACGGCUCAACGUUGGGGGUCUUCCACACGAGGUCCUCUGGAGAACGUUGGAUAGAUUACCGCGCACCCGGUUAGGGAAACUACGAGACUGCAACACCCACGACUCGCUCAUGGAGGUAUGUGACGACUACAACUUGGACGAGAACGAGUACUUUUUCGACAGGCACCCGGGGGCGUUCACGUCCAUUCUGAACUUCUACCGGACCGGUAAGCUCCACAUGAUGGAGGAGAUGUGCGCCCUGUCGUUCAGUCAGGAGCUGGACUACUGGGGCAUAGAUGAGAUCUACCUGGAAUCCUGCUGCCAGGCCAGGUACCACCAGAAGAAAGAACAGAUGAACGAGGAGCUCAAAAGAGAGCAAGACACCUUGAACGACAGAGAGGGAGAAGAGUUCGACAACACAUGUUGUGCCGACAAACGAAAGAAACUCUGGGACCUUUUAGAAAAGCCUAGUUCGUCCGUCGCAGCCAAGAUCCUAGCCAUCAUCUCCAUCCUGUUUAUCGGGCUGUCCACCAUCGCCCUGUCCCUCAACACCCUGCCUGAACUGCAGGACACCGACGAAUUUGGACAUGCCUCAGACAACCCCCAGCUGGCCCACGUAGAGGCCGUCUGCAUCGCCUGGUUUACUAUGGAGUACCUCCUUCGCUUCCUCUCAUCGCCCACCAAAUGGAAGUUCAUCAAAGGUCCCUUGAACGUGAUCGACCUGCUGGCCAUCCUUCCUUACUACGUCACAAUCUUCCUGACCGAGUCCAACAAGAGUGUUCUACAGUUCCAGAACGUCCGGCGGGUGGUUCAGAUCUUCCGGAUCAUGCGUAUCCUUAGGAUUCUGAAGUUGGCGCGUCACUCCACGGGGCUGCAGUCUCUAGGUUUCACACUGAAGAGGAGUUACAAUGAGCUGGGUCUACUCAUCCUCUUCCUGGCCAUGGGCAUCAUGAUCUUCUCCAGCCUCGUCUUCUUCGCAGAGAAGGACGAGGAUGACACGAAAUUCAAAAGCAUCCCGGCCUCCUUCUGGUGGGCUACCAUUACUAUGACAACGGUGGGUUAUGGGGACAUUUACCCUAAGACUCUGCUGGGUAAGAUUGUGGGUGGUCUCUGUUGCAUUGCAGGGGUGUUGGUGAUAGCCUUGCCUAUUCCCAUCAUCGUCAACAACUUCUCUGAGUUCUACAAGGAGCAGAAGCGCCAGGAGAAAGCUGUGAAGCGGCGGGAGGCACUGGAGAGGGCGAAACGCAAUGGGGGGAGCAUCGUAUCCAUGAACAUGAAGGAGGCGUUCGCCCGCAGUGCCGAGCUGAUGGAUGUGGUGGUGGAGAAGAGUGAGAGGCCGCUGACGCAAGACAACCACCUGUCACCCAGCCACUGGAAGUGGACACCUAAGCGGGCCACCACCGCCUCCGAGACCAGCUCGGCCCACUCCUUCAACCCUGUGGAGUCGCAGACGGGUUCCCCCAGCAAGGCCAGGGCCUCCAGUCCUCAGGGGCUCAACCCACAGAAGCUGGAGGAGAUGUAUAACCAAAUGGCCAAGACCCAGUCACAGCCCAACCUCAAUGCCAAAGACAAGAGCUCCAGGGCUGGCAGGCAGAGGGAUAGGGAUGAGAUAGAGCUGGGGACCAUCCCUGGGGGUCCAGGGGACCCUAUGCUAGGGGGUCGAGAGGGGGUGGGGGACAUGAAGAGCCUGUCUAGUAUUGACAGCUACAUCAGCUGUGCUGCAGACUUCCAAGAGAAUCCACGUGGUGUCUACGCCCAUAGUCCAGCCUACGGCCUGGCCCUCCUGGCCCAGGAGACCAGCCGUUUCUCCCACAUCAACCCAGUCACGGCCCUCUCUGGGCGGGUCAGCACCAACCCUGGCCUCCAGACCACCCUGGAGCAUGAGCCCUUGCUGGAUCCACUCUCUGCUGUGAAGUCUGCAGGUUCUGGCAACACUCGUAACUUUAACAACCCUCUAAAGGGUGGUGGCCUUUCCUACAAGGUGAACUACAGGAGCAGUGGAAGGGAGUCAGUGCCAGGACCAGGCCCUUCCCCCAGCAGCGGUGGUCCUCUCUCAGACAGUUCCGUCCUGUCUGACCGCUCCCUGCUCAGCCCAGAGACGUCCAUCUACACCACAGCCAGCAGCAGGACACCGACCAAGUCCUCUGACAGCUCCACCCUGACCACUGCCCUGACCUCCACACCGGCCGUUUUCACUUUCCACGACUCCUCCAUCAGUAAGUACAUUGACGCCGACACAGACGAAGAUGAGCACCUGCGGGACAUGUCGGAGGCCACCAGCCCCUCGGAGCGCCUGCUGGCCGGCUCCAGUCCCCCCAAACACAGCAAGAACAUCAACAGCGGCUACAACCAGAGAGGCAUCAACCACCUGGCACCAGGCACCACCCAGCGGAUGCUGGGGCAGAACUGCCUAUUCCCUGGCCUGGAUGGGGGGACGCGGGGGAGUGGGGGCCACACGGAGAACCAUGUGGUUCCAGAGCUGCCCCGCAGGUCCAAAGGGGACAGAGGAAGGUCUAGUACCAUGGACAAGAGUCUCUGAGCUACAGAUAUAGGGCAGAGCAGAGGAUAGCACGGCCAGCGUUAAGAGAGCUGGAGCAAGGAAGACUUAUGUCAGGGACAUCCAGAGAAACACAGACAAGGUACUGUAUGGAAGGCAGAGAAAGUGAUAGAGAAAGAGAAAGUAAGAGAGUGAAGGAAGGAAAGAGACACACUGUGCAGAAUCCCUUUACAAACUGACAGAAAGGGCCAGGAAGGGAGAGAGAUUCAGGGCAGCGUUUGGGCUGUGGUGUGGUGUUCAAUACUAUGGGAAAAGACUUGCAGGACAGAUAAAGAACACUCUCCCUCUUCUCCCCCCCUUCCUGUUAGCCACGGUACACAAGCUACCAUAGAACUGGGCAGAAAACUCCCACAAACCCAACUGAGCAGGGGCCCCACAGGGAGACGUGGGAGCAGGUCAAAGCAGAGCAUGCUGGGAAGGGACAUGGUCUGUUGGUUGGUUGAGGCUGUGGUGGUCCAUUUCAGUGGCUAUGGGGUAAGAGGCAGGAUGAGGGGUGAGGUGGGAAACAGCAAGACAGUCAUCCCCUAUAUUCUCCCACAGGUCUAUAUAUAUCAGCUGACCACUGUCCCAUUCCGCCCCAGCCCAGCUCACACUGUAGAAAACUACACUCUUAGAAAAAGGUUUUCCAAAAGGGUUCUUUGGCUGUCCCCAUAAGAGAACCAUUUUUGGCUUCAGAUAAAAACCUUUUUUGUUCCAAGUAGAACUGUUUGGAUUCCAUGUAGAACCAUCUGUGAAAAGGGUUCUACAUGGAACCCAAAAUGGUUAUAUUUUGAAACAAAAGGGUUCUACCUAGAACCAACCUUUUAGGUUCUAGAUAGCACCUUUUUUCUAAGAGUGUAGGGAGGAGUUACGGUAGACACCAAUAAGCUACUUACUAGUGCCCCCCUAGACCCAAACCUGGCCUUAGUCAUAUGUGAGUGUGUGUGUAUGUGUGUGUAUGUGUGUGUGUGUGUGUGCACGCGUGUGUGUGUGUGUGUGUGUGUGUGAGUUGGCGUGUACGUGUUUAAAAGAUAUCCACACUUUUAGAUUGUCUCACCUGAUUUAUUUUUAUAUAAAUAAAGUAGGUUACCUAUAGAAAUGUGUGAUUUGCUAGUCUGUUGUGUCAUGACCAUAACUGUUUGAGUAAUUCUGUAUGACAUAUUUCUAGACAAGUUACAGUUGCUGGAGGUUUACAAUCCAGACUCAUCUUAGGGAAAACCACCGUCUGUCAAAAAGAGUCUUGUUCUUCUUGGUACCGUUUCUUUAUCACAUAGUAAGAGUAGAGGACCACAUUUGAUCUGACAUUUCUGUCUGUGAAUGUCUUGAUUGUGUGUCGUUUUAUUUUUAUUGCAUUGGGUUUGAGUCAGAGGGGAAUGGUUGAAAGAAACCUCAUCUUUUUGGUAUUAAAGUCAGGAAUCAUAAAUAUCCCUGAAGAUUUUUUGCAUCAAACACACAUUUAGGAGAGCUCUCCUCCAAGACAUGCAUCUACCAAACAGCCUGCCUCUUCCUCCCAGUCAUACCACCAAGACAAAAGGGGCUCGAUUCAAUCCAUAUCGGGGAAACUCAGCGUAACUGCGUUAUUGAAACUGAAAAGCAACGUUUCCGCGUUAGCAGAGAAUGCAUUCAUGGUAAACGCUGCAAGUGUCAGCUCAAUAGGAAAUUACAUUUACAUUUCAAGUGCACUUUCAUUAACGCUUCAAGCAAUACAGAUUAAAUAGAGCCCAGAGUUCAAAAUAGUCACUUCAGCUGAUGUGCUGAGAUGUGUAAAAGAAAAAUGACCUGUUUAUUUUUCUGGUACUUUAUAAAGAAUGUGGUGAACGGAUUUAUGAACCUAUAUUUCCAAAUCCAAGCAAACAUUUAUGAUAUAUGUUCAGAUUUAAAGUGAAACAUCGAUAAAGCUGCCAUAACAUGCAUCAUCAUCAUUUUCCUUUCAACAACAUAGAGCCAAAGACUGGUCCAUUUUGAACUGGAGUUGGAAUGAGCGAGAGAAAGAUCCCCCAUACAGUACUCCUUAGGUUGCAGUAUAAGUCUGAACAGCAUAUUAAUUCAAAAGAGGGAAGAGUGUUACUUCUCACUUAUCCAGGAAACCUAGUUACAGGUUUUGAUUGAAUAGCAUGUCUAGUCUUUUUGAGUGCAUCUGCAUUCAUCCGCACACAGACAUACAGACAUAUUGAAAGGACAGCCCAUACACAGGUAUACAAUAUCUACAAGAUAGCUCCAGGCCUGCCCAGUUUCCAUAGUAACAAGCUCCAUCCUGGCAAGGCUGAUACCAGAGCUGCAUAGCUCUGCUAAUUGGGGUGGGAAUGUCUAAUUGUAUCGAAAUGCAUGCAUUCUUUAGGUUUACACACUCAAACAUACAGUAGUUGUUACACAGGAGUGCACGUAGACAAAGAAACAUCCUGUAACCACCCAUUCCCCCCUGCCUAGUUUUGAAUAAAUGCAUGAUAAUGCAUUCUGAAGAAUAGACGUCACAGUGCAUAGAUAUCACUGAAGAUGCUUAUCAUUUUUUUUUUAAAGACAGACCCACAACACUGUCCACAUACAUGUCCAUGUGUUCGUCCUUGGCUCUCUUCCUCUUCCUCUUUCUGAGAAAAGUUCGUGUGAAAAGGUGAGAACAUCGCAUCUCCAAAGACGCAUUUUUCGCACCCAUUCCUGUCUGAGCUGGAUCCGAGCGAGAGAAGCUAUGUGAAAAGAAUAGCAAUGACUGUAGGAAGGGCAGAACCUCUGAAACACUGUGUAUGUGUGUGUGUUAUUGUCACGUUUAAAGGGACUGAUGCUCAGCCGAAGGCUUCCACUUUGUUAGACAUUAGCUAGGUUUCUAUCCAACUGGCGACAGAUUUUCAUACGAAUAUUCUAAAAUCCACAUAACAACAAUAUGCGCAUUUUCCCACCAGAGAUGUGUUUCCAUCAAAUUGACUUGUUGCGGAUAAAGGCAUGUGCGUGAUGAUUUAGGCCCAUUGAACAUACAAAAAAUAAUUUUGCCGUUAUAUUCCCAUGUACCGAAUAAACAAAAUCUAUGUUUAAUGGUUUUCCAUCCCAUUUUCAAAUAUACUGAUGGCUUUGUCACACUAAAUUUUGCGUUAAAUAGCAAGUGUGUCCACUAUGGUUUUGGCAUAUGAGCUCUAGUCAAUAGGCUACCUACCUGCAUGAUGAGAAUAUUAUGGAUAAGAGCGAUAUUAUUUUUAUUUGUCAAACGGCAGCCAAGCGUCGAUCAUCAUGUCAACAGAAUGAGACCCUUGAAAUGUAUUGGAAAGAAGGAAGCUCACCACCGUGCACCUUCACAACCCUGUGAAGUUCACCAUGAUUUAUUUCAUCCGUAGCCUAAUAAACUGCAUGCGUUCCCGAGUCAUAACCGGAGGACCACACAACAUAUCGCAUGACUACAUUUACUUCGAUCUUAUGGUUAUUAUUCAUAUUUGAGGAUAAAGUGUUCCUACCACCAAUUCUUGCAUAAUUCAUUUUACCAACACAAAAAGAUCCCACCUUGUCUGGCAUAUUCUGUUUGUCAACAUUUGUAAAGUUUACCGACACAUUUUCUGUUUCCAUCAGGCCUGUCAUGACAUUUUUUUUAAUCCGACAUGUACUUUAAAUGUAUCUGGAAACGUGGUUAAUGUUAACAUCCCACCUUGUUGAACCAACGUGGAAUAGACGUUGAAUUGACGUCGGUGCCAGUGGGAUGGAUGAUUAGAACUGUAGAGUGGACAUACGAUGUCACUGUUUUGUGUUCAUUAUUUUCACAACGCACUUGAAAUCCAUCUCGUUAAAUUGGCUGUCAUAUGUAUGGCGUUGGCUUCUUGUGCACUGUCUAAUACGGAGUUGUGUUGCUGUCCCAUAUGUUUCACAUAACCAUGCAUCAUGUUAUGCUCUCACUGCAAGAAUACAUAGUGGGAGUCAGGGACAGUUUUGUCACGUAAAAUAUCUCUUUAAAAGAAAGAUGACAAUCAAUUCUUCAUGAAUAGACAUGAUAUACGUUGUAGCAUUGCUAUGAGAUGAUCCUGUGGAGAGUAUUCGGUUGGAAAGACUAACUGGAAAACACAUCAUGGACACUUACAGAGAGGAAAUAGCCACUGAUCGCCUUUACAUAUUUGUUUUGGUAGAAUGAUUCUGGACAAUGUUCUGACAAGGUGAAAUGUGUUUACUGCUAUACUGUGACCACUGACCAAUGUGUUUAAAAAAAAAGUUUAUGUAAAUUUGCUGCUAGUCUUUGUAUUUCUUUUUCUUUCUUAAAGGGCACUUUAUACAUCAGUCUCUCUCCAUCUCUGAGUGAGUCACCCAACAUCGAAACGUCUUGUAGCGUACAAGAGCUUUAACUUUUACUGUAGUCCUGAACAAAAGGGUUUCUGAUGUCAAAGGAUUUGUAAGUGUUAUGUUUUAAUGAGAAAGCACAAUCAAGUGACUCAUUUUAUUUAUCAUAUUUUGAUAAGAUAUGAAUAACAUUCAAUUUAGGAUAUUAGACAAAUGCCAUUGAAAUUGAUGUUGGGAUUUCAGGGUUAGGGUCCAUUUGAAAUGCUUGGUAAAUUGGAAUUCAAUUCGAGAAUUGGAUUUGGAAAUGUAA